AUGCAGCUCUUCGGCUGUGGAGAAAAUAGCAGCGGCUAUCUGGGAGAACCACGCAGUUGCAUGAGACGCUCAGUCAACGAACCCCAUAUCUGCCAGCAUAAUAACGAAGGCGAAAACAGUCCUUACUGUCCUCUGUGGGUGUUGAAACCCAGGGAAAUCACAAACCCUAGUCAGAGUGUCCGAGUUCUCAGCUGUGAAAAUGGGUCAACAUUUCUGGAUGUGGACGGACACUUGAAACAUCUCGGCCUCAACCCAUUAAAGGAGCAUCAGCUCACCGAGAUGACAAAAGUCUGGAGUCCUAGUUCCAUCACCGGUGCUGUUCCACUGGCAGACGGAUUCGCCUUUCUCUCCCGGGAUGGGAGUCUCUUGACUGUCCGAGAUUCUAACGGCAUGCACACAAUUCAAGGGAAACCGAUCCAGCAUAUUGCCACCAGACGGGUCGACCUGCACAACCCCAAUCUCAUUUCUGGUGCUGUGGCCAUUGUGCUCAAGCAAGAUCCACAGACGGUACUCUCCUUCGACUCAUGGCAGCCAAUGUGUUCUUUUCUAAAGACACCAGCACCGAACUACCACCCAAUCCAUACUGCGACCUUCUCCUCGCCCAUAGUCAAGUUGACCAGCAAAUUUGCCGCUCUUACAGAAGAGGGUGAAGUGUUUAUAUGGGGAGAAAAGCUUCCGCAGCAACCACCAACACCUUCUGAUGAGGACGAGGAGUUUGAGGACGCGUGGUUUGAGUUCUCGUUCACAAACAAGCCCAUUAAAAAAUGGCCUUCACGAGCCCCUGAACUACUUGAUUACAACCCCAGAAAACAGCCACUUCCCCCAAUUCAAGAACUCUCAACAGGCGGCUGCAACAAUACUGCCGUGUCUCGUUCCGGCCAACUAUUUGUGUGGGGUUAUAGAAGCAAUACAUGGCCAGAUAUCGAGGAUGCCAAUGCUGUCAACAGCACAGAGCUCAAGGAGGCUACUAUCCCCAGUGGCAGUGGAGAAGCACGUUUACAAAUCAAGAAUGCAGCCGCAGGACAGAAACAUGUUGUGGCCCUUGCAGUUGAUGGGUCCCUCUGGUCUGUUGGGGACGGGAUAUAUGGACAGCUAGGAAUUGGACUGAAACAGUUUGGGCUGUGCACUGAAGAUGGUGUCAUCGAUAUGCUGGAAAACGAGACGGAUGAAGAGUUUGCCGUGGAUUGGCAGAGAAUGGACACUGAAGCCCUCGAGGGCCGCGAGUGUGAAUCGGUUUUCGCCGAGGGUGCUCAUACAUUGAUCAUAACCAGGUAG